GACGCUGGGCGCCAGCGGCAGAUACGAGGGCAAGAUCAGCCGGAACUCGGAGCGCUUUAAAGAGCUGACCCCCAAUUAUAAUCCGGACAUUAUUUUUAAGGACGAGGAGAACACGGGAGCCGACCGGCUGAUGACCCAGGUCAGAGACGCGCCCUUCGCCUCUUGCCGACCUGCUCGCCUUCCGGCCUGGGGAGGGGGAGCGGGCUGUAAUCCGGCAGCAUCGCCUCCCUCCGGGGCUCUCAGCUUCCCAGGGCGUCGCCGACUCCGGCCCCCAGGAGCUGUCGGGGGAAGGGAUGCGCCGGGAAGGGGGCCCCUUGGGGAUAGCAUCGGCAGGUCUGUUGACGCGACCUUCCGCCUCGGAGGGAGGAGGCUCCGCGUGUGAAGACGGCAGCCUGAGAUUGCAGGCAGAACUGCUCUUGGCCGCUCCCUGCCACCGUGUUGGUUAGCUGGCGGCUCUGGCGGUUGCUUGAGUCAGACUCCUCUACUAGCACCACCGCCGGUCUCUCCCCACGCCCGCCUGCCCGCCCACGGGAACUCUCCCGUUCCCUUCGGAGACAGAAACCGCCCAGCUCCACUUGUCUAUCUAACCAGUUUGUUUUAGAUUAACCACCUUUCCCCGUCGCCCCGCACAAGCCGUGAGGAUGGCGGUCAGAACCUGGCCCCUCCCCGGGGCGAUUCUGAAGUCCAAGGAGGAGGAGGAGAAUUGUCAAAGGCGGCCUCCGCCAGGCCUCUCUUCGGUAACUGUGUCUGAGAGCGCAUUGAUCGCCUUUAAAGAUGCUCACGCUUCGCCCUCCGCCCCAGACCGGUGAUACCACUCGAGAGGGAAGGACGGGGAACUUAAUCUGCACACGCUGCAAGGACAAGCUGAACGCGCUGGCCAUCUCCGUCAUGAACCAGUGGCCGGGCGUCAAGCUGCGCGUCACGGAGGGCUGGGAUGAGGACGGCCACCACUCUGAGGAGUCGCUGCACUACGAGGGCCGCGCAGUGGACAUCACCACCUCGGAUCGAGACCGCAGCAAGUACGGCAUGCUGGCGCGCCUGGCCGUCGAGGCCGGCUUCGACUGGGUGUACUACGAGUCCAAGGCGCACAUCCAUUGCUCUGUCAAGGCCGAAAACUCGGUGGCUGCCAAAUCGGGUGGCUGCUUCCCUGGGUCCUCCUGGGUGAACCUGGAAGGAGGAGACACCAAGCUGGUGAAAGACCUUCGCCCAGGUGAUCGAGUGCUGGCAGCAGAUGUGCAUGGACAGCUCUUCUACAGUGAAUUCCUAGCCUUCCUGGACCGAGAGGACCCUCCUGUCCACAAACUCUUCUACGUGAUUGAGACCCAAACACCCCAGACCCGCCUCUUGCUCACUGCUGCCCACCUGCUAUUCGUGGCCCCACCACACAAUCAUUCCCAUUCCCAACCCCAGCCUAUCUUUGCCAGCCAUGUGCAGCCUGGACAACAUAUCUACGUGCUGGCCCAAGGGGGUCAGACACUGUUGCAAGCAGCAGUGCAUAGUGUGUCCCUGAAGGAGGAGUCCUCGGGGGCUUAUGCCCCACUCACCGCUCAGGGCACCAUUCUCAUCAACCAGGUGCUGGCUUCCUGUUAUGCUGUCAUUGAGGAGCACAGCUGGGCUCACUGGGCGUUUGCGCCUUUCCGCAUUGCUCACGCGGCCUUGGCCGUGCUGAAUCCAGAGGGUCUCUCCUCUCCUCUCCUCUUUCCAGCUGCUGUACCCGAAGAGGGUUCCUCAUUGGCUGGAGUCCACUGGUACUCCCGCCUCCUCUACUACAUUGGCCGCUGGAUUUUGGGUUCUGAGAUGAUGCACCCAUUGGGCAUGGCCAGCUGAGAGUGACAGCUGGCAAGUCCACUUAUACCCUUCUGAAGAUUAAAAUAGUACCAAUGGGGUGGGGGGGAACUAAGAUGAAGAAAGAAAGAAAGAAAGAAAGAAAGAAAGAAAGAAAGAAAGAAAGAAAGAAAGAGAAAGAGAAGAAAGAAAGAAAGAAAGAAAGAAAGAAAGAAAGAAAGAAAGAAAGAAAGAAAGAAAGAAAGAAAGAAAGAAAUUUUAACAAUAAUAGUAGGACAGUCCAAAGUAGACUUCAAGGAACAGAAAGAACCCAGGAAGUUUUUGUUUUAGUUUAUAAAUAUAAAUAUAUAUAUUAUAUUUUUAUUUGAUUUAUAUUUUUUUUGUCCGUCUGCUUUGUUGUCCUCAUCUCUUGGAUAUUUAUUUGUUUGGUAUUUGAAAUAGAUGUUUUAAGGAAUAUGAACCCAACUUCAAGAGCCUUAAAUAGUUUCUUUGAUAAUUUAUUAUCAUGUGAAUUGUACACUCACAGGAAAAAGCAAAUUAUUUUGUGCUGCCUAGCAAAACUGCACAGAGUUCUAUUUUUCUAUGUAUCAUGUAUGUCCAGAAUUUCGAAAAGUGAAAAGCAUCUCCUUCUUCCAACUAUCCAUGGAUUUGCUCAGGGGUGUCCGCAGUGAGCAGUGAACACAAAUCAAGAUGGUGGACGAGAGGAUAUAAUCGAAGCUCCACCUACUUUUUACAAAAAAAAACAAACCAGGUGGAGUUUUGAUAAUAUCUUAAUGGUUGUCAUUUUGAUUUUUUUUGACAGACCCUGCAGACCCCCCCCCUGCCGAUUUGAUUUUUCCCAAUAGCCAGUCUCAGAACAAAAGACACAACGAAAGGGGAGGGGGCAUCCGUAAAUUAUAUUUUUAUACACAGAAUUGUAAAUUCUUUUUUUUUUGAGAGAGAGAGAGAGAGAAAGAGAGAUCAAUACCUAACAGUCACAUUUCAUUUUUUUUAAAUAAUGUAAGAUAUGAGAAUAUAUUAUUUUAAUUUAAAUAAUAUGAAAUGUAAUGUCAUCUUCUAUAUGUUUCUAUUGCCUCUGAAAUAUUUUGUUUUGUAUAAAAAUUAAUAGCACGCUUUCAUCCACAUUCUUCAAACUCAAGACUGUUACACAUCUUUAUUCAGUGGGGAGGUGGAAGAAAUUCUUAUUUUUAUCUUCAAAAUCAAGAAGAAAUUUAUGAGAAAAUAUUUUUUAAAACGUGCACAGGUGGGCUAUUAUGAUGAGAAUGGAGAAUAGUUUGUACAGGCAGGAAAUGAUGUUUUGCAUUAAUAAACUGAUAAAUAACUGCUGUCAAUUUACUAAAAUGUAUUUUUGAAUAUUUUGUAAUAGUUUUAUAGAAAUAAAAUGUGCCAUGCACUGACUGGUUAGUAUAUAAUAA